AUGGUCAGCUUCAUCUCUGGAGGCUUCAUCUCUGGAGGCUUCAUCUCUGGAGGCUUCAUCUCUGGAGGCUUCAUCUCUGGAGGCUUCAUCUCUGGAGGCUUCAUCUCUGGAGGCUUCAUCUCUGGAGGCUUCAUCUCUGGAGGUUUCAUCUCUGGAGGUUUCAUCUCUGGAGGCUUCAUCUAUGGAGGCUUCAUCUCUGGAGGCUUCAUCUCUGGAGGCUUUAUCCCUGGAGGCUUUAUCUCUGGAGGUUUCAUUUCUGGAGGUUUCAUCUCUGGAGGUUUCAUCUCUGGAGGCUGUAUCUCUGGAGGCUUCAUCUAUGGAUGCUUUAUCUAUGGAGGUUUUAUCCCCGGAGGCUUUAUCCCUGGAGGCUUUAUCCCUGGAGGCUGUAUCUAUGGAGGCUUUAGUUCUGGAGGCUUUAUCCCUGGAGGCUGUAUCUAUGGAGGCUUUAUCCCUGGAGGCUGUAUCUAUGGAGGCUUUAUCCCUGGAAGCUUUAUCCCUGGAGGCUGUAUCUAUGGAGGCUUUAUCCCUGGAGGCUUUAUCCCUGGAGGCUGUAUCUAUGGAGGCUUUAUCCCUGGAGGCUGUAUCUAUGGAGGCUUUAUCCCUGGAGGUUUCAUCUCUGGAGGCUUCAUCUCUGUAGGUUUCAUCUCUGGAGGCUUCAUGUCUUUAGGUUUCAUCUCUGGAGGUUUCAUCUCUGGAGGCUUCAUCUCUGGAGGUUACAUCUCUGGAGGCUUCAUCUCUGGAGGCUUCAUCUCUGGAGGCUUCAUCUCUGGAGGCUUCAUCUAUGGAGGUUUUAUCCCUGGAGGCUUUAUCCCUGGAGGCUUUAUCCCCGGGAGCCUGUAUCUAUGGAGGCUUUAG